UCCUACGGCUGAGGAGGGAGCAGGCCUGAGGGCAGGGGGAAGGGAAAGAGAUCUGAAUUUUCUCGGCAUCGGCGCUGCCCUCUGCAGCGCUGUGUGCGGUUCUCUAGCUUGGGAGAGCUGGAUGGAUAUGGAGCUGGCUGCUCAUGGCACGGGCAGUGAGGGAGAACGCGGUCGGUCGCUCCAGCAGGGAGCCUCUGGGCAUGCCUCUAGGAUCAGCAGUUCAGAAGGCUGCCGUCCCAGGUAUGGCCUCACAGCUGCAGGUGUUCUCCCCUCCGUCAGUAUCCUCGAGUGCCUUCUGCAGUGCCAAGAAACUGAAAGUGGAGCCCUCUGUCUGGGAUGUUUCAGGACAGAGCAGCAGUGACAAGUAUUAUACCCACAGCAAAAACCUUCCAGCAGCUCAAGGGCAAGCAAGCUCUUCUCAUCAGGUAGCCAAUUUCAGCAUCCCUGCUUACGACCAGAACCUCCUUCUCCCUGCUCCUUCGGUUGAGCACAUCGUGGUUACAGCAGCUGACAGCACAGGCAGCAGCGCGACAGCAUCCUUCCAGAACAGCCAAACCCUGACACACAGGAGCAACGUUUCUUUACUGGAACCAUACCAAAAAUGUGGAUUAAAAAGGAAAAGUGAAGAGGUCGACAGCAACGGUAGUGUGCAGAUAAUUGAGGAACAUCCACCUCUCAUGCUGCAAAACAGACCUGCGGUGGGUGCUGCGGCCACGACCACCACGGUAACCACGAAGAGCAGCAGUUCCAGUGGUGAGGGCGACUAUCAGCUGGUCCAGCAUGAGAUCCUGUGCUCCAUGACAAACAGCUAUGAGGUCUUGGAAUUCCUGGGCCGAGGGACGUUCGGGCAGGUGGCGAAAUGCUGGAAACGUAGCACGAAGGAGAUUGUAGCCAUCAAAAUCCUGAAGAACCAUCCCUCCUAUGCCAGGCAGGGCCAGAUCGAGGUGAGCAUCCUCUCUCGCUUGAGCAGUGAGAAUGCUGACGAGUACAACUUUGUUCGCUCCUAUGAGUGCUUUCAACACAAGAAUCAUACAUGCCUUGUAUUCGAGAUGCUGGAACAGAACCUCUAUGAUUUCUUAAAGCAAAAUAAGUUCAGCCCCUUGCCCCUGAAGUAUAUCCGGCCAAUUCUGCAGCAAGUGGCUACCGCCCUGAUGAAGCUGAAAAGCUUGGGGCUGAUACAUGCUGACUUGAAACCAGAGAACAUCAUGUUGGUGGAUCCCGCACGCCAGCCCUACCGAGUGAAGGUGAUCGACUUCGGCUCGGCCAGCCACGUGUCCAAGGCCGUCUGCUCCACGUACCUGCAGUCGCGCUACUACCGAGCUCCUGAGAUCAUCCUGGGCUUGCCGUUCUGUGAAGCUAUUGACAUGUGGUCCCUGGGCUGUGUGAUAGCUGAGCUCUUUCUUGGCUGGCCUCUGUAUCCAGGAGCAUCUGAGUAUGAUCAGAUUCGUUAUAUUUCACAAACCCAAGGCCUUCCAGCGGAGUAUCUUCUCAGUGCCGGAACGAAAACAAGCAGGUUUUUUAACAGGGAUCCAAACUUGGGCUACCCACUGUGGAGGCUAAAGACACCAGAAGAACAUGAGUUGGAAACAGGAAUCAAAUCCAAAGAAGCUCGGAAGUACAUAUUCAACUGUUUGGAUGACAUGGCGCAGGUGAAUAUGUCUACAGAUUUAGAAGGGACUGACAUGUUGGCAGAGAAGGCUGACCGAAGGGAAUAUAUUGAUUUGUUGAAGAAAAUGUUGACAAUUGAUGCAGAUAAGAGAAUUACUCCACUGAAGACUUUGAACCAUCCGUUUGUAACGAUGACACAUCUGCUGGAUUUCCCACACAGUAAUCAUGUGAAGUCUUGCUUUCAGAACAUGGAGAUCUGCAAGCGAAGAGUUAACAUGUAUGAUACAGUGAACCAGAUCAAGAGCCCAUUCACCACUCACGUUGCUCCUAACACAAGCACAAACCUGACCAUGAGCUUUAACAACCAGCUCAAUACAGUCCACAAUCAGGCCAGUGUCUUGGCUUCCAAUUCAACUGCUGCUGCUACUCUCUCCCUGGCAAACUCGGAUGUCUCACUGCUAAACUAUCAGUCCGCCCUGUACCCCUCAUCUGCAGCGCCAGUUGCAGGAGUGGCACAACAGAGCGUUUCCUUGCAACCUGGAACCACUCAGAUCUGCACCCAGACUGACCCAUUCCAGCAAACGUUCAUUGUUUGUCCCCCAGCCUUUCAAACUGGACUUCAGGCAACUACAAAGCAUUCUGGGUUCCCUGUAAGGAUGGAGAAUGCAGUCCCAAUUGUACCACAAGCACCUGCAGCCCAGCCACUGCAGAUCCAGUCUGGAGUUCUCACACAGGGAAGCUGUACACCACUAAUGGUAGCAACUCUUCAUCCUCAAGUAGCCACCAUCACGCCGCAGUAUGCGGUCCCCUUUACCCUGAACUGCGCAGCCGGCCGGCCAGCGCUAGUAGAACAGACGGCUGCAGUACUGCAGGCCUGGCCGGGGGGAACCCAGCAGAUCCUGCUACCUUCCACCUGGCAGCAGCUCCCGGGGGUUGCUCUGCACAACUCUGUUCAGCCAGCAGCUGUGAUCCCAGAAACGAUCAGCAGCAGCCAGCAAUUGGCUGACUGGAGGAAUGCCCAUUCCCAUGGCAAUCAGUACAGCACCCUCAUGCAGCAGCCAUCACUGCUGACCAACCAUGUGACGCUGGCGACGGCACAGCCCCUGAACGUUGGCGUUGCCCACGUGGUGAGGCAGCAGCCAAGCAGCAGUGUCCCGGCAAAGAAGAACAAGCAGCCAGCACCAAGCGCACCCAAGCUCAGCUCAAAUCUAGAGACUGUGCCCUCCCAAGUUUACUCACUCAUUGGGAGCAGUCCUCUACGGUCCACCUCCUCCUCUUCCAACAUGCUCGUCCCAGCGCAGGAGCAGCACCAGCCCAUUGUGAUCCCAGACACUCCAAGCCCACCUGUCAGUGUUAUCACCAUCCGCAGCGACACUGAUGAGGAAGAGGACAGCAAAUACAAACCUGCCAGUUUGGGUACGAAGCAGAGGUCCAAUGUCAUCAGCUACGUCACUGUUAAUGACUCCCCUGACUCCGACUCCUCCCUGAACAGCCCCUACACCACAGACCCCCUUUCCUCUCUCAGGAGUGCCGGUGGUGCCCUGGAGCUGCCAAACAGGGCAGCAGCUGACAGCUCCAGCUCUCGGACUAUCAUCGUGCCGCCGCUCAAAACACAGCUCAGCGACUGCAUCGUCGCUACCCAGGCAUCAGGCAUCCUGAGCAGCACCAGUAAGACCAAGCCAGUGGCCUCUGUGAGCGGGCAGUCGUCAGGAUGCUGUAUCACACCCAGUGGGUACCGCUCGCAUCGCGUCGUAGCAAAUGGGGUGCAGCCUCUCAACCUCAGCCAGAACCAGCAAACAACAGUGCUGGCCUCACAGGAGAGGAGUGGAAAUGCUGUCCCACGUAGGCAGCAGGCUUAUGUGGCACCCCUCACGUCAACUAUUUCUCAGGCUCCCUACACGUUCCAGCACAGCAGCCCCGUGCAUCCCCACCUGGCCACGGCCACGGCGAGCGCACACCUCUCCAGCCAGCCCCACAUGUACACUUACGCUCCCACCACGGCAGCCACGCUGGGCUCCACCACCUCCAUCGCCCACCUCUUCUCCCCUCAGGGCUCCUCGCGGCACACCACCUACGCUGCCCACCCCAGCACGCUUGUCCACCAGGUCCCUGUGAGUGUUGGGCCAAGUCUGCUGACUUCUGCAAACGUUCCACCCGCCCAGUACCAACACCAGUUUGCUCCCCAGUCCUAUAUUGGUGCUUCCAGAGGGUCUGCUAUUUACACUGGAUAUCCGCUGAGCCCUACAAAGAUCAACCAGUACUCCUACUUGUAGUUGUAGUAAAGCACUGUCCUGCCUGGCCUGAGAGAUUGGAGGAGGAUUUCAGGUGAACCUUUUACCUGAUGAUGACUUCCUGGGUUUUGCUUCUCCCUGAUCUGGUUGUGUGUUGUUCAAAAAUGUCUCUGGUGAGUCUGGUCACUAAGUGAGCAGCAUGCUUCGUUACCAGUCUGAGAGUCACUAAGUCAUUUUUAUUUUUAAUUACUUUUUAGAGAUGCUUUUAAAAACUUCAUGGUCACAUUUAUUUAAAAUUGUUCUGUUGUGCUAAUCAAAAUGGGAAAGAAAAAUCAAUGUCUUGGGAGACAGAUCCUGAUGACCUUUUAAACUUGUAUAACUGAAACAACGACAACAAACAAAUAAUGCAGAUGCUAUCUUAGCAGCUUGCACAGAUCUGUGUUGCCACUAAAAAUGAAAUGCACAUUUUGUCUCUUCAUGUUGCUGGGGCAGUUCUAAAUUCAAGUUUAGUGUUUUAACAUCUAUUCUCUAACUCUCUUUGUCUAACCAAUUGCUGGUUCUGCAGAAGCCAUCACAUCUUCCUGUGUGUAACUGUCAGGGUUUUCUGUUCACUUCUCCGCUCUGUUCAAGGACUGGCAGCAGCAGCUGCCUCCUGCGGCAUUGUGUACUUAGGAGUCCGUGCAAACCCCAAAACCUGUCUGUGUCUCCAUGACACAGCUGAGUUUUUAUUGCAUUCAUUGCAAAUUCCUUCUAAGUUUCUCAAACCGUUCAAGAUCUCACUGUGUAACAGAACUCAGCAGCUUUGUCAGGAUGCUGUGGUCUUCACCCCAGAAGGAAUAGUGCAGCAUUGCUCUGAAAUUCACUUUCUGCAGCUCAUCCGAUGCUGGCCCUAGAGGGGAGCUGGAUUUCUUCAGUGAAGCACAGGGCUUUUCUUUGUUCAUUUUUUUUUUUCCCUUUCCCAUUUUUCCUCACAUGAUUCAUUCAGGAGGGAGUGGAAUUUGAAACACAACGAAACAUCACUGUAUUGAUGUGUACAGCUUUUUAUACUCCUGUGAGAGCGUGUCCUCCCGGAUAUGUCAGCAGCUACUCUAAAAACGCUCUUAACAAGACUUGUAUACAGGACAUGCAUGUAGGAAUCACCAAACACACCCCACACCCCCCUCCAAAAAAAAAAAAAAAGAAAAAAAAAGAGAGAAAGAAAAAAAAAAGAAAAAAAAAUUCCAGAUUUUAAAGUUUAUUACUGAAUUUAAAACUAUUUUAGAAGUUUUGUAUUGGUGGUGUUUUAAUAUUUUACAUACAAUGAACUAUGUACAUAUUGAUUAGAAAACUAUAACAAGCAAAACUCCUCCCUAACCCCAAGCGUUUCUGUCUUUGUAAUCAAAAUGUGUAGUGAUUAUACUUGAACUCUGUACUUAGUGUUUGUCUAAUUCUUAAACGUUCCUGGGGAUGGAGUUGAUGUAUCCUUUGUAUUUAAACCAAAAUGAGUUGAUCCGUGUCGGAAUGUGUGUGAUUAAAAUGCAAUGGUUAGAGCUCGUCACUGUAGCACUGGGAGGAGCAGAGCUUCGAGAGAGGAGAGGAUCCCUUCUGAUUUGUUUUGCACAGGUAUGUGUGAUGAAGAGUUGUUUGGUGUGUCCCCUUAUUGUAGUGCCUUAAAUGAUGACGUAGUGUGACUAGAGUUUACAGUGAGCUUGCCUUAUGAGGGACCAGCAAGCCCCCAUCGAUCGAAGCAAUUCACUAAGCUUACACAGCAAGGCCCGCAGCCGUCGCCUGGGUGCGUUGUUCUCAGUUUUAGUGCUGUCAUAACAAAAGCUACAUUUUCCUUUGGAGUGAAGCAAUGUUUCCUUAAAGCUUUUUCCUUGAAAUGGCACAUGUACUGUUAGAUGUCUGUCAGUGCAUUUUGGAUAGGGUAGUGCAUUGGGAAUGCAUUGGAAUGUUUAGUCUAAUCCUGCAGAAGUGAUUAAAUAUGUGCAAUCACUUUUUCUUAGUGUGGCGUUACCUUCCCUCCCCCCCCCCCCACGUUAAUAGCAGACAUUUCCUGUAAAAUAGUUGCUAGCUUGGUGAUAGAAUAUUUAUACCAAAGAGAGCCUGCUGUAAAGCACAUAAUACCAUUAAAAGUUUUCUAAUGCUACUGCCAAUGUGGAGCUGUUGGGAAGGUCUGUCAGCUGAAGCCCUAGUCAGCGUUCAGAGGAAAUGCUCCUUUCGGGUAGACGAUGCAGUUCUUCAAACGACACUUUUAUUUUCUCGGGUCCCUUGCACCAGGAAUUAUUUCUCAUCUUCAGUACCUAGGUUAAGUAUUGUGUCCAAGUGGAUGGUAAACUGGCUUGAGCAGUUGUGUGACUGCAGCAAUAAGAGGUUUUGGUAACCUUGAAUCCCAGUUUGUGUUCCAUCCCAGUGGAGGAGAGGCUGUUCUCUGACCGGUGUGCGACGAGAAGUGUGAAAGUCAUUUCUGAAAUUCCAUGUUAUUGACAGAAGGAAGUCUGGACUGACCUGGAGUUGCUGAGCUGUUAAAGGUUUGGUCUUUCCUUUGGCAGAGGGACCAAGGACUCUGGAGCUGGUUGGUAGCAUUAGUGACGUUGUUGUUCAGUGUCUCAGUCGGAGCACUUCUGUGGGUGUACCGUGCCUCUGCUGUGAGCGAUGCUGUCUGUUGCUGUAGGCACUUCCUUUCUUUUUUCCACUUGACGUUGCUGUGUUCAGUACCUGCCUUGGGCACGGAGUUGUGCCUUUCUCCUGAAAGGCAAAGCAGGCUCCAGUUCCUGUUUCAGAACAGUGAUCCCUGCUUCUCCAAGAGCAAGGUGUUUCCAUGCAGUCCUACCAGGGAAAAAAAAACACCUCUAGCAAAAUCUGCUGAUUUUGAGAACUUGCCCACUUCUCCCCAAAAAGCAGACUGCAAUGUCUGUCUGUCUUUAGAAUCCGAACUUGAUCAGUCAUUCACAACACAUGGCAUCACCUCUUCCACUGCCCCAGUUUCCAAGAGCUUUGGAACGAGGUGGAAGAGAUGAUGUAGGUAAAAUGAAACCUACUCCAUUUAGCAUGAGUUGUUUGACCCUGGAAUUCCUCUGGCCUGCACAGCAUAAACUGAGCGAACAGAAACCCACCCUGGCAGGGCCCAACUUCCAGCUUGGCACUGGCCUCACCAGUGGGGUGGAUCCCAGUGUGGCCCCAGUAUGUGUCGCCCAAUGUAGGUCUCCUGCAGUUUGCUCUAAGGAGAUCCAUCCCUUCCCUGCUGUGUCCAGCCUUCAGAUUAAGCUCCAGAAUCAACUCUCCUGGCUGACAGAACCCUGCACCUAGUUUGUGCUAUCCCUGGAUAGAAAUCAGAGUCCUUGAAUUGUAGAGCUGGUUUGGGAUUCACCUUUUGACUGCAUGAUGGCCACGGUCCCACCUAAGACACGUUUGUGAUUCCAGAACUGUUCAAUCAGCUGCUUGCUGUUACCUGACCUGUACCGGCAGCUGUGACAGCCGCCGCAGAGGCAACUCCUGAGGUUUCCUGCUUGCCACCUAGUUGAUGGGAUGCAGUAAUUUACUUCUGACUCAGCAAUUUCUUUUAGUACAUGGCAAAACUAAAUUGCUUCUAAAUGACAGGAUUGGCACAGCCCUGCUUUCUUUUUUCUUUUGGUUUUUCUUUUUGCCUUUUUCUUUCCUUUUUAUUUAAACCUCCGAAUGGUGCCGCAUGUCCACAUGGUUGUUUGUUGCUAAACUUUAUAUAAUGUGUGAUUUCAGAUUCAGCUUGAACUAUUAUCCUAUCUCACUACAUGUAGCAGUACAUUAUAUGUAAUGUUAGUAUUUCUGCUUGGAUCCUUGAUAUUGCAAUGGAAUUCCUACUUUAUUAAAUGUAUUUGAUAUGCUAGUUGCUGUGUAAAAUUUAACUUCCUUUCUUUCAUGGUCGUGCUCUUCCUUUUUACAGGCCGCUAGAUACAGGUAGUUUCUGACAAUUACUGAUCUAUGUUUGUAUUGCUGAUGUACUUUAGGAAGGGUAUGUAAAAAUCAUUUUAACAAAAGAAAUAGAUAUUUAAAAAAAAAAUUUAAUACUAACUAUAUGGGGGAAAAAAAAAAAGGGUCCAUUGUGAAAACAUAGUUUAUCUUUGGAUUCAAUGUUUGUCUUUGGUUUUACAAAGUAGCUUGUAUUUUAAGUAUUUUCUACAUAAUAUGGUAAAAAUGUAGAACAAUUGCAAUGCAUCAAUAAAAAGGGUUAAUUUUCUCUACUCUA